CCUUUAAAUGCUCCAAACGCGAGCGAGAGUCAGAGAGAGCCUAAGAGAAAUUCCACACAGCGAGCAAGAGAGAGAGAGAGAGAGAGAGAGAGAGCCAUGUCUGGAGGUAUUGCUCGUGGUCGCCUUGCUGAGGAGCGAAAGGCUUGGCGUAAAAACCAUCCACAUGGUUUUGUCGCGAAGCCAGAGACUCUGCCCGAUGGUACGGUCAAUUUGAUGGUGUGGCAUUGCACUAUCCCUGGCAAGCCUGGUACUGAUUGGGAGGGUGGUUACUUCCCACUAACGCUCCACUUCAGUGAAGACUACCCUAGCAAGCCCCCUAAAUGUAAAUUCCCGCAAGGUUUCUUCCACCCUAAUGUCUACCCGUCCGGAACUGUCUGUCUUUCUAUUCUUAAUGAGGAUAGUGGGUGGAGACCAGCCAUAACAGUGAAGCAAAUUCUUGUGGGCAUUCAGGACUUGCUUGACCAGCCAAAUCCUGCUGAUCCUGCACAGACAGAAGGGUAUCACCUCUUCAUCCAGGACGCUGUGGAGUAUAAGAAAAGGGUCCGGCAGCAGGCCAGGCAAUACCCAGCUCUUGUGUAAGAUUAGAUCCAUGUUUUCAGAGACCGUGCUAUGGACAUUGUCAGUGGCGACCACUUGUUUGAUAAUUAAAAUGCUCUUUUAAGAGAUCGUCGGGAUUUGGUAAAUGUAAGUUGCCAUUAUGUUGAGACUACAUGUUGAGACUACAUGUUGAGACGUUUCUUCUCUCUAGAUUUGGAUUAACUUCUGUUAAUAUAUAACACUGUACCUGUCGACCAAUGAACUCAUUGGUCUUCAUAUUUGUAAGAACUUCCCCAUUUCUAAUGUUUUGGGAAUCUUGUUGCUUUUUUAGACAUUGCAGUGUGACAUCAAUGGGCUUGCCUUCUUUGUC